GAUGCCAAAUAGACUCACUUUGUGCUUUUGGGUCAAUUUGUCUCAGUCUUGUGGGUUGACCUUAAAUCAGUUUUUCCUUUAAAACCAAGACUGAAGAGGAGCAGAGCUGACUUUAGAUCAGCACUCUCUCUUCAACACUGGUGAUAUGGGCCUCUGGCUGUUUCACAUGGAGAUAUAUAGAGCAGCUUCCUGAGAGACAGAAGACCAGUACAUUCUUAGCAGUGAGGUAAGACACAUAGAAGACAUCUAAGGAAGUUGACAGAGUCAUUUUCAGCAAACCCUGUUAGUCAUUAGAGUAAGCUGUCUUGGUUUUUAUUUUAUUUUCUGUGUCAGGGAUUUGAUCCAGCAACCUUUUGUUUACUCAGCCCCAUAAGGCUACAGCUGAUUGACAAACCGACGUGACCUCAACUACCUAACUCAACUUUUGGGUUUCGGUUCUACUCAUUCUGUUUCCGCUCCUUGCUUAGUGAUGUCUGCCUCUGGAUUGUCUGGGUGAGCCUAAGACAAGAACCUCACAAGUUGACAAGAAGAAAUCGAACCAGAGAUCCUCUCCUUCCCUGCCUUUCCACGAAGGAUAGUCCAGUCCUGUGGUUUAACGUUCCUAUAGGCUAAACAUGUCUCCAGCCAGGUCUUUAGGGAUUCCACUGUCUGGGGAUGCCCCCCUCUCCAUCUCCUUCUCCGGGUCAGGGUUCUUGGCUACUUACCAGUUGGGUGUGGCUCAGUGCUUGCUGAACCAGGCCCCGUGGUUACUGCAGACAGCCCCAAACAUCAUGGGGGCCUCGGCUGGGUCCCUGGUAGCUGCCGCCGUGGUCUGUGGGUCCGAUUUGGACAUGGUUCGUCUUGAGAUUGUGAAGUUUGCGCGGCAGCUGAGUGAUCAUAUCUUGGGGCCGCUGCACCCUGAGGGGAACGUUGGGGGGUGGAUAGAGCGCCUGCUGAGGGGCUUCUUACCAGCCGACGCCCACAUCCAGGCCAACGGACGUUUACUCGUUGGCAUGACGCGGAUUCCAGACGGACAGAACAUUUUGGUGUCAGAGUUCAGAUCCCGAGAAGAUCUGGUGCAGGUGCUGUUGUGCGGUUGUUUCCUGCCGGGGUACUGCGGUAUUGAGCCACCAUGCUACAAAGGAGUGCAUUAUUUGGAUGGUGGUUUUUCCUGUAUCCAGCCGACCCAGGCCUCCGCCCCUGGCCACACCCUCACUGUUUCACCAUUCGCUGGUGAGGCGGACAUCUGCCCACCAGACCCAUCCUCCAUGUUUGACAUUGUGGUGAGCGGAACGACCAUGCAGUUCAGUGCUGUCAAUGGUUCCCGGAUGCUUGACGCCCUCUACCCCUCCCAGUGGAAGGUUCUGAACAAGGCUUUCUACAAUGGAUACAGAGAUGGACUUCACUUCCUCCAAACCAGUGAUCUGGUCCCAUAUCUGCCUCUUCUCAACACUCCAUUAGCUCCUCCACCCUCUCCUCCUCCCGAGGAAUGGUCGGAUCAGGAGACGAAGAGGGAGGAGGAGGAGGAAGAGGAAGUGGAGCAGGAAUCGAUAAAUGAGUUGACAAAGAACCGAGACAGUCAAGAAAACCUUUCUCUUGAAGCAGGAAACCUACCCUGGAAUCUGGCAACCCUGGAGCACAGCAUGUAUCAAGCCCUGCCCACCUGGAUACGCUCAGCGUUGCUAUGCAACCUCUUGGGGUUAAUGUGGACCCACCCUCUGUUGCAUGUGAUGUCAUACAUGCUCCUCCCCUUAACCCUGCCUCUCAACUUGCUGUUUGAAAACACACACAGGCUGUAUGGUCUAGCCUUCUGGACGUUUCAGGACCUGCGUCAAGUUGCCUUAUAUGUGAUCAACAUCCUGGUCUCCAGCCUCCACAGAAACCUACAGAAGAGGGUUCUCCCCCAUCUCCAAGGGUUGCUGCUGACGAAGGUUCAGGCGGAGUAUGAGGCUUUGGGAGAUCCCUCCCAGCGACAGCGAUGCUCCACCCUGAGCCUCCACUUCUCGUCCCCCUCCUCCUCCACCUCCAACACCCCCACUCCCUCCUCACCAGACUACGAACAGUACACCGUCCUGCUCCGCUUGGAUCUGGAGCGGGGAAAUGUGGAGAGGCAGGAAAAGGAAGAGAUUGAGGGAAAUAUUGGGAGAGAGAUGGAGGGAGAGAUGGAGGGAGAGAUGGAGGAAUGGAAACGCUUCCCCUCCUACCUUUCUGUCAUGGGCUAAGAGAAGUGAGGAUGAUGAGAAGAAUAAGAUGAAUCAUUGUUUACUAAUUUAUUAAAACAUAGAAAAUCAACAGCUGAUGGUUGUACCAAUAACGCAGGAGAUUAGCAUGUUAACCUCUCCCCAUUACCAAUAACGCAGGAGAUUAGCAUGUUAACCUCUCCCCAUUACCAAUAACGCAGGAGAUUAACAUGUUAACCUCUCCCCAUUACCAAUAAUGCAGGAGAUUAGCAUGUUAACCUCUCCCCAUUACCAAUAACGCAGGAGAUUAACAUGUUAACCUCUCCCCAUUACCAAUAACGCAGGAGAUUAACAUGUUAACCUCUCCCCAUUACCAAUAAUGCAGGAGAUUAGCAUGUUAACCUCUCCCCAUUACCAAUAACGCAGGAGCUUAGCAUGUUAACCUCUCCCUAUUACCAAUAACGCAGGAGAGUAGCAUGUUAACCUCCCACCAUUACCAAUAACGCAGAAGAUUAGCAUGUUAACCUCCCACCAUUAUCAAUAAAGUUCUCACUCAUCAUUAUUCACAAUGUUUUAAUGAUUAUCCAUUAUUUGGAUGCAACCAAUCAUGGUAGCAUCCAAAUAAAUUUUGAAAAUAUUUUCUUUUGACCUUUUAACUUUUCACCUUUAGUUCAACAAAAUCAAUCAAAUAAGUUAGUAUUGUUGCAAGUCAGAUGUUUUCAUUACAUGCAGAGAAUAUUAAACUGAAUACUCAAUGUUUGACAAUUUAUUAACUGAACGUUCACAUACAUUUUACAGAAAUGUUAUAAAAAUGUUGGAUGAAAUUGCUCAAUAAAGAAAUCUCUGCUAUCUGCUGUGCAUGAAACAUGUCUUUCAUGGGGAGACGGCU